AUGCAGGGUCCGUUGCGUUUGAAAAUCCAGGAUACGAACAGGAAGGUUCGAGUUCUGUCACCUGAGGGAGCGAUCAGAGACCGCGCACGCGAAGCCGACGCUUUCGGCUGGGAACGACCGGAAUUGCAGUCAGUGAAUGAUUCGGAGCACGAGCAGGAAGAACCUUCGACCACGUUUUCAAAGAGCAGCCUGACUUGUCCUUGCGCCAGAAAGAUAUUAGGCAGCUUUGCCGAUACGAUGACAAGCAAAGCGGUUCUUUUCGUAUGUUUGGGGAACAUCUGCAGAUCGCCGAUGGCUGAGGCCGUGUUCAAAGAUCUGCUAAAGAAAAGGAACAUUUUGGAAAAAGUAAGACUUCGUUAUAUUUCAAAUAUUUUAUCCUUUCAUUAUCUUAUAAUAGACAGUAUUUUAACCGUUUUUAUUUCAAUGGCAAGUUAAUG